GUGUGGGACUCUUAAAAACUUGGUGUUUCACACAGAUGGGCGUGGUUUUCUGGACAGUCUCAGCCCAUGCUCUGGGUGCAUGUUCAUGAAUUUCCCACGAUGGAGGGUCAGAUAUUCUAGCUUUGUACAGAUAUUGAACGUUACUACUUUUAAUUAGCACAAUCUAGGCAUGCGCAACUAUGACAGUUACGGCUGUCAUAGCACGGCCCCACAGCUGUUCUGUGUGACGCAGGACGUAAAGCACCGACGCCGCGUGAAAUACCAAGUUUUCUGGCAAUCUGCGAGCAUGGUGACCGCUCCGACUGUACACAGAGCCGGCUGAGGACAAGCGAAGAUGAACCAAUGUGUAGUUGUUACACUGUACAGCGGAGUAAGUGCAACCUCAACCAGGUUUAUAGUUGUAUUCACGCUCAGUUGUUUAUUCCGCAGAUAUUCAUGUUGUAUUUAACAGCUACAGCUGUCAUUUUGUCAGGUUUCACCCGCUUUGAAUUCACUGGAGGGGAUCUCAGGACAUAGCUUUUACUUUUAGUGUAUUGUCGCAUGAUCUGAGGUCAUGGCUCUGCAAAUGCCUUCUGUUGGACUUCUGCUUAUGCACAGACUGCUGAGAAUUAACAUAUCCAGCCAAAGAUGUGUCAGUAACAGGUGCAAACUCGUAAAACUCCGUAAAGGUAGGAGUCAGAUCAGAAGUUUUUCAACUGGCUCUGCGAAAUGUAACGAGGAUGAGAGAGACAGCUCGGACUCUUUACCCCUGAGCACCACACUGACCUCCAAGGGAGCACUGCUGUCCAGAAGGAGGCGACCCCUGUCCCCCCUGGAGAGGAUCAGUGGCCUGCUGCCCCGGGAUGCCCUGAGCCCCGAGGUGAUGCAGCUCAGGGAGCAGAACCAGCAAGACUCCUCAGAAGACACAAGCAUCCAGGUAUCAACUACACAAUGCACACAGGAGGAAAGUGGGCAAGGGCCAGCCCUUCUAGAGGAUGAUUCAGAGGACAGUCAUGCACCGGAUGCAGAUGUGGAGCCAGCCGCUUCAGAAAACCCUGCAUGUCAUGAGGAAAAACGUUUGAUGUGGCCCACUCUUCCUGGGGAGAGCCUGCUUGCGUUCGGGGAGCUGCUUGUCGCUGAGUCUCACAAAGGGGGGCGGGCGGAGUUCAGGAAGAUGUUCCAGCUUCGGACAGGGGCACGUCUGCAGAGCAACUUGGGGAUCAUCCUGCACGACGACAUAGCCGGGCAGCCCGCAGGUCGGAUGCUGAAGACAAGCCAGGGUACUCCCUUCCUCAUACAUCGGGCCAGUCUGGAGGAUUAUGCCCUGUUCAUGAAGAGGGGGCCAGCCAUCUCCUACCCAAAGGAUGCAGCUGCUAUGCUUCUGAUGAUGGAUGUCACAGAGGGAGACUGCGUGUUGGAGUCAGGCUCGGGGUCCGGGGCCAUGUCCCUGUUCCUGUCCAGAGCAGUCGGCUCUAAAGGCAGCGUGCUGAGUGUGGAGAUCAGGGAGGACCACCACAGGAGGGCUGUGCAGAACUACAGGUGCUGGAGGACCUCGUGGAGUGUGCGACAAGGGGAGGAGUGGCCUGACAACGUCCAGUUUCACAAGGCUGACCUCUGCACGGCUUCCCCGCUGCUCGCUGGUCAGGCUUUCCAUGCGGUUGCUCUUGACCUUCUCAGCCCUCACCUGGCUUUACCCACUGUUGUUCCACAUCUGCACCCCGGAGCUGUAUGCGCUGUCUACCUCGCCAAUAUAACACAGGUCAUCGACAUGCUGGAAGGGGUUCGAUGUUUGCAGCUCCCGUUGUUGUGUGAACGCAUCGUCGAGAUUCCAGUCCGAGAUUGGUUGGUGACUCCGGCCCUCCGGAAGGACGGCAGUUACUGCGUCAGGAAAGCUCCGAUCCUGGAUGACACAUCGUCUGGGCCUGACAAAGAGGAGCUGGCCGCAGGGACAGUGCCAGCCUUUUCAAGUAUUCCCUACGUUGCCAGACCUCAUCCUUUACAAAUGAGCCACACAGCAUUCCUGGUGAAACUGAGGAAGUUUGUGCAGUAGCUGUUCUACCUGAAGGACAAAUUGAUUGUUACAUAUCAGCCAAAAUAUCUCCUUCCUGCACAUCAUUUGAAAAAUAAAUGAGCUCAACAUGUUGA